AUGAGGCCUGAUUGUUUUCCAGGGCAGCCUGAUGGGACUGUGUCUGGUGGAGGGACGGGCAUUGCCGGUGCUUCCAGUGCAAAUCGGACAGGGGUGAAUGUUACCAACGCAGACACUGGCACAGGAACCACAGUAAUAGGCGAAUCAAAGGAUGGACUUGGACCAGCAGGAGUAACAACCCCUCCGACAUCAGGAGGGGGUUCUGGAGGAAAAGAUGGAAAAGACAGUGAAGGAGGUGAGAUUGAUACAGGCCAUUUAAUUGAAGGGUCUGGAGGUUCCUUAGGCGAAGGUGUGACUGGGGGAGCUGUAGGAGUGGACGAUGACGGUAUAUUAGCAACAGGAAUUCCAAUACUUGCUGCCAAACCAGGCAUCAAUGGGACAAAACUACCAGGGGUCACCGGCGCAACUGCCGGUUCAGGUAAUGACACAACUGACGUACUACCUGGAGCCAAGCCCCUGAAACCUCCUGCAGGUGCAGGUGUUCCUAGAGGAGAUACUCCAGUCCCGGUGGAGUCGGAGGAGGUCCCGGUGGAGUUGGAGGAGGUCCCGGCGGAGUCGGAGGAGGUCCCGGUGGAGUUGGAGGAGGUCCCGGUGGAGUCGGAGCAGGUCCCGGCGGAGUCGGAGGAGGUCCCGGCGGAGUUGGAGGAGGUCCCGGUGGAGUCGGAGCAGGUCCCGGCGGAGUCGGAGGAGGAGGAGGUCCUGGUGGAGCAGGUGCCUACAAACCUAGAAAAAGUUAUUAUGGAGCUGGUGGUAUCGGAGUUUUACCUGGUGGAGGCAAACUUUAUCUUACUGGAGCAAAACAAGCAGUUGGAAAACCAGGGAAAGUGUAUGGCGCUGGUGGAUAUGGCACUGGUCCUGGAGGAAUGGGGCCCGGAGGUGGAACAGGAUUUGGACUUGGUGGCUUAG